CUCGGAAAAGAAUGGGCGAAGGCUCAAAAUUGGACUUUUUAAAGCUGGAUGAUUCUCCCAUGUUUAGAACUCAGCUUCAAUGCUUGGAAGAAAACUCUGAAUUGCUGAAGGAUCGAAGUUUAAAGUUUUACAAAGGAUGUCACAAGUACACGGAAGGGCUUGGAGAGGGUUAUGAUGCAGAUGUUGCUUUUGCAAGCGCACUGGAAACAUUUGCAGGAGGGAAUAAUGAUCCUUUAGGUGUUUCAUUUGGAGGCCCAGUCAUGGCAAAAUUUACUAUUGCCUUGAGAGAGAUUGGUACGUACAAGGAAGUUCUUAGAUCACAGGUGGAGAACUUACUAAACGUUAAGCUGCUACAAUUUGUCAAUGUCGACCUAUAUGAUGUCAGGGAAGCUCGAAAACGGUUUGAUAAGGCUGCUGCUUCAUAUGACCAG